AUGAUGCUGUCCGCAAUACAGUACGUUGGUCUCAACACGGUCGUGACUUCUCCGCUGAAUGCAGGUUCACAAAUUUCGCGUCUUCUACGACGGCCGCCUAAUGAGUGUGUAUUGCUUCUUUUACCCUUGGGUUAUGCCGCAGCGGAUGCCCUUGUUCCCGAUUUGAAGCGGAAGCCUGUGGAGCAAAUUAUCAAGUUGUAUUGA